CCCGGGGCUUCUGCGCUAGGGCAACUGGGGCUGGAGGGGGUCUCCGAGUUGUUCUUUGGCGGCGGAAGCUACGGGCCGCGCCUCCCAGGCCGCGCCCUUCCCAGUGACCAGCUUCUGCGCUUUUUAAGGUCAGGUUUUCGUGCCGCAGAGCGGGCCGGGAUCGUCCCUCUGCGAGGUGGUGUAGCCUCUGGGAUCCGAGCCGAGAAACGGGACGCUCGAGUCCCUUUGCAGUCUUCACGUAGGAAACGGUGCUAGGCAAACGGGGCGAGUGGGUGUUUUGUAAAUUUAAGGACUCAGCUUUCCCGGACUGGGAGGUUUUCAAGUCAUGUAGCCUGGGAAAAAAGUGUAUUGUCCCCUUGCUGGGCAGGCGAAGACGCGAUAUUGGCCCAGGGGCACUUUUUACUUUUUUUUUUUUUUUUUUUUUUGGUCUUUAAAAAUGGUAGAACAACAAGCCAGGAAAUUAACAUCUUUGGGGAUAAUAUAAUGCAUUUAAUUGUCUCAUGUGAGUAGACUGAAGUGGCCUUUUUUGAUCUUGCAUGCAUAAAACAUGUCCCUAUUAAAGCAUCAGUCAGCCUAAGACAUUCUAGAAACUAACAGUUCAUUUUGACAGCUUUUGUUGAUAGUGUCUUCAGGAGGUAAAAUCUUUAAAAGGGAAUCAUUAUAGAGAUAUUUCCUAUGUUGCAAUUUCUAAGGAUCCAAAUUUGUGUGAGAAAUGAUCAAUUAAGAUGUUGAUUGUCUCUUACUGGCAUCAGGAAAGAAACAGUAGCCAAAGAAUUGUGUGCCCAUUGAAUUGUCUCUGAGGGGACUGAAAGGAGUUAACUGCUAUGGGGUGGUGGGAUAAGAAGGUUUAUACUCUUUUCUUUGGAGGAAAAAAGUUUACACUUAUUUGCUAAAUGUCAUGUCUCCUGCACAGAGGUAGGUAGGGGUGAAUGGCAUAAUCGGGCAGUCGGUCAGAGUUGGCACUUUAUGGCACCUAGCCAAGUGCCUUUAAGAUAAGCAGGCCAUAAAUACAGGUGCUUCCCAAACUGACUUUGAAUGACCUGUGGUUUUCUAGGAAGGGAGGGGGAAAGAGGGCAGGUAGGGGUUCUGUACUUGACGCUGCUGUUUCUGUGUCACCCUUCAGCCACGGGUGCUGGGAGCGCGACCUGGUGACCUGGGGCUUAUCACAGCACCACAUAGGAGAGAGAAAACAGAGUCAGCUUCAGAGUCUUUCCUUCUUAGGCUACAAUGCAGGAAGAAUGCAGUGAGACAGUAAAAAUGAGCAAAGCAAGGCUGAAAAGUGAAUUUAUCAGUCCACCUGUGUGGAGCACUGGCUGUAAACCAGGCGCACUGGCUGCUGUGAGGCUCAGAUGUGCUGCAGCUCACUGCAUCUGUGCUGAGGCAGGAGGCCUUGCUGGGGAGAUUGAAGUUGGGCUCCAGGAUGAGUAGGAGAUGUGUAAACUAAGCAGCCAUGAGAGAGGGGAGGGGGGAGAAUGGGGAGUAUUCCCACCCCAGGGAAUGGUGUGUGCUGAGACCAGAGGAGAGGAGAGCCUGAAAGUUGGAAGAAAGACAGGUUCAGUAUGACCUGAGAGGAGGAUGGAGAAUGGCACCAGGGGAGGCCAGCAGAAUGAAGAUAUUCAAAUGUUGUUUUAAACAUACCCUACAGCAGAAAGUUUUCAUCCUGUUUUUAACCCUAUGGCUGUUCUCCUUGUUAAAGCUUCUAAAUGUGAGACGACUCUUUCCACAAAGAGACAUUUACUUGGUUGAGUACUCGCUGAGUACGUCACCUUUUGUAAGAAACAGAUACACUCAUGUUAAGGAUGAAGUCAGGUAUGAAGUUAACUGUUCGGGUAUCUAUGAACAGGAGCCUUUGGAAAUUGGCAAGAGUCUGGAAAUAAGAAGAAGAGACAUCAUUGACUUGGAGGAUGAUGAUGUUGUGGCAAUGACCAGUGAUUGUGACAUUUAUCAGACCCUAAGAGGUUAUGCUCAAAAACUCGUUUCAAAGGAGGAGAAAAGCUUCCCAGUAGCCUAUUCUCUGGUUGUCCACAAAGAUGCAAUUAUGGUUGAAAGGCUUAUUCACGCUAUAUACAACCAGCACAAUAUUUACUGCAUCCAUUAUGAUCGUAAGGCACCUGAUACCUUCAAAGUUGCCAUGAACAAUUUAGCUAAGUGCUUCUCCAAUAUUUUCAUUGCUUCCAAAUUAGAGGCUGUGGAAUAUGCCCACAUUUCCAGACUCCAAGCUGAUUUAAAUUGCUUGUCAGACCUUCUGAAGUCUUCGGUCCAAUGGAAAUACGUUAUCAACCUCUGUGGGCAAGAUUUUCCCCUGAAGUCAAAUUUUGAAUUAGUGUCAGAGUUGAAAAAACUCAAUGGAGCAAAUAUGUUGGAGACAGUGAAACCCCCUAACAGUAAAUUGGAAAGAUUCACUUACCAUCAUGAACUCAAACGGGUGCCUUAUGAAUAUGUGAAGCUACCAAUACGGACAAACAUCUCCAAGGAAGCACCCCCCCAUGACAUUCAGAUAUUUGUUGGCAGUGCUUAUUUUGUUUUAAGUCAAGCAUUUGUCAAAUAUAUCUUCAAUAACUCCAUCAUUCAAGACUUUUUUGCCUGGUCUAAGGACACAUACUCUCCUGAUGAGCACUUUUGGGCUACCCUGAUUCGGGUUCCAGGAAUACCUGGGGAGAUUUCCAGAUCAGCCCAGGAUGUGUCUGAUCUGCAGAGUAAGACCCGCCUUGUCAAGUGGAAUUACUAUGAAGGCUUUUUGUAUCCUAGUUGUACCGGAUCUCACCUUCGAAGCGUGUGUAUUUAUGGAGCUGCAGAAUUAAGGUGGCUUAUCAAAGAUGGACAUUGGUUUGCUAAUAAAUUUGAUUCUAAGGUGGACCCUAUCUUGAUUAAAUGCUUGGCAGAAAAGCUAGAGGAACAACAGAGAGACUGGAUCACUUUGUCCUCAGAAAAGUUAUUUAUGGAUAGAAAUCUCACAACCACAUCACGAUAGUAAAAUCAGGAUGGAAAUAAGAGGGUACCUGAUAAAUGGAGUCAGUAUGGAAUUGAAUACCAUACUAUGCCCAAUACGUACUGUUUAAACUCAGUUGUCCCAGACUUUAAAAGAUGUCCAGAAUUCCUUGCACAAGGGAAAGUGAUCAUCAAAGUAGCCUUUGAUGAUACUAUCUGCAGUUGGUUAGGUUUUUUUAAUGUUUGUUUUUGCUUGUAAUCUCGCUGAGCUAAAAUCAGAGAUCUUAAACAGUCAGUCAGUCAUCAAAUAUUAUUGAGCACCUAGGCACUUUUUUAGAGACUGUGGCUUAUCCUCAUCAUAGCAACCUUGAUAUCUUUAAGUUCUCCACAUAACAGGAUUCUACUGAAGAAACUUUUGAAGUAUGUGGUAAUCAUCUGAUCAUGUAAACCACCAUCUCAGAGUAGUGUUAAGUACUGUGACCAACACUCCACUUGCCUCUUAACUCAGCUUCCAAGACAUUUCUUAACCAUUAGAGCAGAGGAGGAAAGACUCACUACCUCAGAAAAGUCUGAAAGAAUAGUCCAAUUUCCUGCUUGUCAAAGCAUAAUCUGCCUUUUGGUGCAUUACUUGGUCAAUUCAGGGUUGAGGAGACUGUUGAGGGGGGCAUGUAUAGGUGUAUGAAAGUUAAGGAAGGGGGUGAGGAUAUGGGUUGGGACAGGUAGUGCCUAACAAGGAAUGAAGAGUUUUAUACAACAUUUUUUAUCAUGUUACACAACAGUAUCAUGAAUGGCCUCCUUUUUAAUUCAACUGUUUCUUUAAAAUUCAUUUACCGAAUAAAAAUAAGAACUGACUAAUAGCUCCAAAUGUCACACACCAGAGCAUUAAGCCUAAGUCUUCAACUCGUAAGUUACCAUCCUAGGUAAGUUUCUUUACAAUGGAAUACUCCCUAUGGAAUUAUCAUAAUUUUGUUUUACAGAGCUAUCAAGCUAAGAGUCACUAAACUUUCUUGAAAAGGUUGUGUGAAAUAUGACAGCUUUCUAAAUUAAUUCUUAUAGUCCUUCAAAAUUUUUUCAUCUCUAGCAGCUGUCCAGCUGGAAUCCAGAUAUAAAGUGAUAAAAGCUGUAUGUCUCUUGCAGUCUUUCUCAGCUCAGUUCCAUAGAAGAAAAAAGCUAAUUUUCCUAAGGACACAGCAAGAGUAUUUAUUAAGGAUAUUUUCUAAAAUGCACAUUUGAGAAAGCCACCAAAUGAGUCAUAUAUAUAUAUAGAAAACAGAACCACUGUUUGGCUAUCUUUCCUGAACAUUAUGUGUGUGUGUGUGUAUAUAUGUGUGUGUGUGUAUAUAUG